AUGGCAUUGGUCACAAGAUUAGGCUCUGAAUAUCCAGUUGUGAUUUUCAGCAAAAGCUCUUGUUCCAUGUCUCAUUCGAUCAAGUCACUUUUAAGCAGUUUUGGAGCAAACCUCAGAGUUUAUGAGAUUGAUGAAGACUCAAAUGGCCAGCAAAUGGAAACGGAACUCAAGGCAUUAGGACGCAAGCCAAGCGUUCCAGCUGUUUUCAUAGGGCAGGAACUAAUAGGCGGUUCGAAUGAAAUUUUUAGCCUCCACCUCAAGGGAAAGCUAGUUCCAUUGCUCUUAAAUGCUAAUGCAAUAUGGCUGUAA